AUGUCGAAAGCAUCGCGACUCUGCCUUUCAUCUGCCCGGCAGGCGCUCAGCAAGCAAAAAUCCACUGCGAAUAAGAGAUGCUUCCGGCGUGGUCCGCCAGAUAACUAUACUCCGUUAACAAUAGCUGAGCCGAUGAGAAAUGCCCAUGGUUCAGCAUCGGGUCUUUCCGCGUUGCCUAAUGCAGCGCUGUUGCGCUCCCUUUUCAUCAAUGUGUAUAAGCAGUUUUGCGCUGGCGAGGCACCAAGCGAAAUCAAGUCGACCAUGGGCGCCAUGAAAGACAUGGGCUUCAAAGGGACUAUUCUCACAUAUGCAAAAGAGACAGUGUUUGAUCACAAGAACAAAGAGGAGUUUGGUCUUGGGAUGAACAUGAUCCCUACCAACGGCGCUUCUAGCACCGAAUGCCCAUACAUCACAUCGUGGAAGCAGGGAACUCUGGACACUGUCAAACUCUUGGGCGAACAAGACCAACUGGCAGUAAAAAUUACAGGAGCCGGGCCACGUGUUACAUGUGCGCUCGCAGACAACUCCCAACCACCGCAGCAAUUUCUUGACGCUGUGGAUGAAAUAGUGCGAGACUGCAAAGCGCGGGGCGCCAAGAUUCUGAUUGACGCCGAGUCGCAGCGUUUUCAAGCUGGAAUAAUGCGCAUCGGUCUCGACUUGAUGCGAAAGUACAACAGAGAUGGCUAUGCCGUGGUCUACAACACUUACCAGGCCUAUCUCAAGAGCACGCCAACCUCACUAACUUGCCACUUGGCGUCAGCGCUAGACGAUAGCUUUACGCUGGGCCUCAAAGUUGUCCGAGGUGCCUACUUGGCUACAGACGAGCGCAGUCUCAUACACGAUACAAAAGAGGAGACGGACGAGGCCUAUGACAGCAUUGCUGCAGGAGCUUUGCAGCAACAGCUUCUCGGGUUCGGAGGUGAUGAAGACGGUCGCCCGUUCCCGUCAGUCAACCUUUUGCUGGCAACACAUAACAAACACAGUGCAGACAAGGCACAGAAACUAUACCGCCAGAGAAAAAAGCAGCGACUGCCUACAGUACCAGUCAGUUUUGCACAGCUUCAUGGCAUGUCUGACCAAGUCAGUUUUGGAUUGCUUGCUCUGAAUAAGUCGGACGACGCCGGGAUAAGUGUAUACAAGUGCUCUACAUGGGGAAAAAUGGCUGAAUGCAUAGGAUAUCUUUCGAGGCGUGUGCUGGAAAAUCGAGAUGCCGCGUCUCGCACGACUGAUGAAUACAAGACUUUGAAGACUGAGCUAUGGCGACGGUUGAGGAUGGGUGCUCGGCUCUGGGAGUGCUUAUAG